AUGGGCCAUAUAGCUCCUGAAUACUUGUCAACCGGAAAGUCUUCAGAAAAGACAGAUGUUUUUAGUUACGGGGUUAUGCUUUUGGAGCUUGUUACAGGUCAACGUGCAAUUGACUUUUCGCGUUUGGAAGAUGAAGAUGAUGUGUUAUUGCUUGACCAUGUGAAGAAGCUACAGCGGGAGAAAAAACUAGACGCCAUUGUUGACAGCAACCUUAAAAAAGAGUACAACAUAGAAGAGGUUGAAAUGAUAGUACAAGUUGCAUUACUGUGCGCACAAGGUAUGCCAGAGGAUCGUCCGGCAAUGUCAGAGGUUGUAAGAAUGUUGGAGGGAGAAGGGCUGACUGAAAGGUGGGAAGAAUGGCAGCACGUGGAGGUUAGUCGGAGGCAAGACUCGGAGAGACUGCAAAGAAGAUUUGCAUGGGGAGAAGAUUCAAUUCAUAACCAAGAAGCCAUCGAGUUGUCGGGUGGAAGAUGA